AUAAUAGUACGCGAUGAACUUUCAUUGCUAUUUAUCUGCUAUUAUCCUGGUUUUAUCCGUUGUCGUUGUAAAUUAACAUUUUGUAUUUUGCAAAAACAAGACUAACAAAUAUUGUUGUUUUUAAUGCAAAAAGCAUUAAUAUUGGUGAAUAACUUAUCACUCAAGAAUUGUGUUACAACCAAAUUGAACAAAGGAAUAUUGAAAAGCCAAAAGGUCAUUUAUCAACUCAACCUAUUUUUUUUAUGUUUGAUGUCUCAAGGUUUUUAUAUACGAAUUUUUCAAAAUUUGGCCGGUAUUUAACGCAAUAACGAAUAAUCUCUGGCUCUAGAAAAAUGUCUGUUACUUUUGCUCAACGGGGUAGACCAACUCCAACUUCGACACAAAUUCAAAAGAUGCUUGAUGAGAAUAGUCAUCUCAUUCAGACGAUACAAGAAUACCAGAAUAAAGGAAAAGUUCAGGAGUGCAUGCAAUAUCAACAAAUUUUGCAUAGGAAUUUAGUUUACUUGGCAUCUAUUGCCGAUGCUGGUCAAAAUAUACAAGCGUUAUUACCUCCGCCUCAGGGGAUAACUAAUGGACCGCAACAUCCAAUAAUUGGUCCUCAGGGUCCGCCCAGUGGACCGGCAGCGACUCCCGGACCUGGAGGUGAAAUACCUCCGAAUACUCAACAACCGAUGCCAAUGUCGGGCUUUAAUCAAGGACAAAAUAUGGGUCAAAGUGGUUAUCGUGGCGGACCUGUCAUGCCAGGUCAAGUUCCUGCUAUUAAUCGCCCGCCCGCUGGACCUGGACCACAGCAAUAUAGAGGCGGACCACAGGGUUAUCCUCAGCAACCGGCUCAACAAGGUUAUCACACUCCUUACGCUAAUCAAACAUCAGGCGGCAACUAUCAAGGCCCGCAAGGAUCUUCUUAUACUCCAGGACAACCGAAUCAAUACGGUCCUCCCAACGCAAGCCAACAACAAUAUCCUGCUUCCAAUCAACCCAAUUAUGGACCGCCGACAACCGUCAACAGUUACGGACCCCAACCUGGUUAUCCACCACCCGCAAAUCAACCUCCAGCCGGUUAUGGACCACCACCGCCACCAGGUCAACAAGGCUAUCCACCUCCGAAUCCUCCGCAGCAGAAUUUCUCAUCCGGCAAUCAACAACAGCAACAACAACAACAGCAGCAGCAACAACAACAGCAACAACAACAACCAGGUGCACAGUACGGCAGUCCGAGUCCACAACCCAACUACCAACCACCGAAUCAACCACCACCGCAAAACGCCUACGGUUCCGGUCAAUCUGGCAACUAUCCACCACCCCCUUCUCAAGGCUAUCCCAACAGUGUUCCACCGCAAUCUUAUCCCCCGCCGCCAACAUCGAACGCCACACAACCACCGCAACCAGGUCCCCAACAAACCGGCGGUCCUCAACCGAAUUACGUCAGCCAACCUAGUCCAGGUCCCGGCCCAGGACAAUACGGCCCGACCUCGACGUCGCCUCCAUUCAGCACGACUCCCGUCAGCGGCGUCAACACCUACGCCCAGAGCGGACAACCCACGAGUACACCCUCCGCCUCGACUCAAACCUAUCCCCCCAGCAGCGGUCCUCCACCAUCGUCUCAAGCCGGCAAUUAUCCCCCACCCGGACCAUCCCCAGCCGGCUAUCCUCCUCAUCAAUCCCCCCAUCCUCCUCACCAACCACCACACCAACCACCCCAUCAACCUUCCCACCAGGGUCCUCAUCCUCCCCAUCAAUCCCCUCAUCCCGGUCAACCUCAUCCUCCUCAUCCUCCCCAUCAAUCCCCUCAUCAACCUCCCCAACAAGGCCAACAACCCUCGCAAACACCACCACAAUCUCAACAACAACAGCAGCAACAACAACAACAACAGCAACAAUCGCCAAGUCCAGCGCCAAGUGGCUUUCAACCGCCCUCCGGUCCACCACAGGGACAAGCGCCGCCUCCGCAGCCGCAAGCCUAUGGACCGCCGCAGUCACAUCCGGCGACCACGCAAACCUACGUUCCGCCUAGUCCCGGACAACCACAGGUGUACUCGCCUCAUCCCGGGCAAGGUGGCCAGCACUAUGGACAUCCGCAGUAUCCGCCUCAGAGUUAUCCACCACCGCCUGGUGGACAGGGCUAUCCACAGUAUCCGCCAAGGCCACCGGGCAGUCACAUGCCCCCGCCUGGUCCACAGGGUCCACCUCCGCCCAAUCAAUACGGCUACGGUUAUCAACCACCUCCUCAGUAAAUUCGAAUUUAGGAAUUCACUCCUUUUUUUAUAGGUAAAAAUUCUUUUCGUUUGCGGAAAAUAAUAAUUAUUAUUUUCCGUCAAUUUAAUUAUUAAUUAAUUUAAAAAUACGAAUUCAAAUUUGAAAAGGCGGUCAGAAUUCGUGAAAUAAAAAGUAUUUUUUUUUUAAAUCGAAAUGCUGAGAAAACAUUUCUUUUUGUCCUUAGAAAUGUCUCUACCAAAGAAUAGAAAAAAAAAAUUUUUUCAUAAAAGUUAUUGCAAAAUGAAUUUUUUUGUAACUUUUUAAAGAAAAUUAUGUUUCUCCUAAAUGAAUGAACCGAUUUAAAAUAAACCAAGCGGAAUAGAAUAUACUUUCGUUCAGAAUUAGAAAAUUUUUAAAAAGUUUAUUAUUUAAUAAAUUUUUUAUAAACUUAUUGUUUAUGAAUUUUAUAAAACAUUUUUUUUUCUGUUCUUUGGCGGACACAUUCCUAAGGUCAAAUAGAAAUGUUUUCUCAACAUUUCGAUUAAAAAAAAAAUACUUUUUAUUUUUUGUGAAAAUUUCACGAAUUCUGACCCAAAGGAAAUUUUCUGAAACGGAAAUAAGCCUUCAAUCUUAUUUUUUAUUUAUUUCUUGUAUAAAUAAGAAGUCUUCCGUUGAUAAAAUCUUAUUUUGUCAGAAUAAUAAAAUUCUGUACAAUAAUAUUAUGAUCUUUUUUCAUUGUCAAUCUUUUUUCAAAGAAAGAAUUUUUUUUUAGUAUCAACUGUAAAAAAAAAUUUCUGUAGAUUUACAGUUUUUUUUUGGAAUUUUAUAGAAACUUGUAAAAUAAUGCCUUUAAAGGUAGCGAAUUUAUACUCUGAAAGUAGGUAAUAUUUUUGACUUUUAUUAUCUACUUUCAGAGUAUAGUAAAUUUACAGAAAAUUGUAAAAUUGACACGCUGAAAGUAUUAUUAAUUUUACAAAAGGGAUUUUAAAUUCGUAACUUUUAAUGACGUUGUUUUACAAGUUUCUAUAAAAUUCCUAAAAAAAAUCUGUAAAUCUACAAAAAAAAAUUAUUUUACAAAGUUUCACGAUUGUUUGUCGGAUUCUUAUCCGACAAACAAUCGUGAAACAAAUCUCAGUGUCAUAAUUUCCUUUUUUUUUAUCUUUUUUUUAUAAGAAAAAGAAAAAUUUAAUUUUAAAUUCCUUUCAAUCGUAAUGUAAAGAAUUUAUUUUUUAAUAUUUUAAAAAGUUGCAUUCGAAUAAAAAUUACAAUUCUUUGUCAAUGAGAAAUAUUGACUAAAUUUUAAGUUGUCAUCGUAAUGAAAAUCUUGAUGAGAGAGAGAAUUGUAAUUUUUAUUCAAAUACAACUUUAAAUUCCCUAAAAUUGGCGAAAAUUAAAUUCUUUACUCUUCUACCAAAAGGAAUUUAAAAUUUAAUUUGUCCUUUUUAAAAAAAAACGGAAUAAUUAAUUAAUUUGAAUAUAAUACGAGAUGAAAUUUUAUUAGACGGAAAAUUUCAUGAUUAUUAAAAUGACAAUUGAAUUAAGAUCAUAUUGAACUGAAUUUCAAAUAGAACUUUAUUAUUCUUCCAAUCAAAAUAUUUAUCAUCAACCGGAGUUCCUUUUUCAUUUAAUUUUGAAAUUUAAAGACUUUUCGAAUUCCUUUUUUUUAAAAAAAGAAUUUAAUUAUAUAAUUAUGCUUUUCUAAUAUUAUUUUAAUUUGUGUACAAAUGUUUUUAUAUAAAAAUAUUUCCGUAAAAUUCUAUACAAUUAGUAGAGGAGUUUUUUUUACAAUAUUUAACAAAUAUCUUUAAUUUUGAAGAUUCAAAUGACAGAUGUAAAUCAGAAUUACAUAAAUAAUUUCCGUUUCAGAUCUACCUCGAAUUAAUUUAACGGAUCUGUAAAAAAACGUUGAAAAUCCCAAUUUACAUACAAAAUUAAUAAAAAAAAAUAAUUUAAAAAAAUCUUCUCUCAUGAGAAAGCAAUAAUAAUAAAUUCGACCAAUUUUUUUGAAAAAUGAAAUGAUGACAAAAUAAUCACUAAUUUAAGAAUUUAAUUAUAAUUCUUGGAAUUUGUCUAGUUUCCUUUUUUAUCAGAAAGUACCGAAUAUUUUUAUAUAAAUUUUUAAUUUCUAAAAUCGUCAUUAUUUCAUUUUUCUAGACGUCAGGAAAUAAGAACACAUUCGUGUUAAUUUAUUUUAAUUUUUAAUUGUGAAUUUAACCUUUAAUUUCUUUUUUUUUACACUUUUUAGGUUUUCUUUGCAUUUACAUACCUAUGAAUAGAAUAAUGAAAAAAAUUCGGCAAAAAAAUGAAGCCUUGAUUUUUUAUAGGCGCAUGUUUAGUUUUUAUUUGUCCAAAUAUAUUCAACAAUUUAAUAUCUACUUUAAGAUUGUGAGUUGAAGUCCUAUAUUUUAUUUUAAAACGAUUAUUUCGUAUAAGUUUCUUUUUUUUAGUGAUUAUUGUAGAGUAGUUUAAAGAGAAAAAUUCAACUCAAUAAUUAAGAUUGAAAUUUUAAGGUGUGUAACUUUCA